CAAGGCACCCCAGGCUCAAAGCUGCAGUGACACCCCAGGCCGGCAUGGGGGGUCCCGGGCAUUGUGACCUCAGCUGUGCCACACACAGAGGCAGCCGUCCCUCCCCCUCCUUGGCCUGUAGUCGGCACAGGACAGUGGCCUGGUCACAGGCCCGUCGUGGGGAGGUUGGGAAAAGAACACUCUGGCCUCCUCCACCAUGUCGGCCAAGAGGGCAGAACUGAAGAAAACAAACCCGAGUAAGAACUACAAGGCCGUUUGCCUGGAAUUGAAGCCAGAGCCGAUCAAAAUAAGAAGCUGUUUUGAGGCCGUGCUGGCAGCCAGGCCUGAGAGCCCUGGGAGCCCUGGGAGCCCUGGGGAGACAUGUGACUACAAAGGAAUUAAACCAGAAGGGCCAUUUACCAAAACGGGAGGGACUCAGGAGCUAAAGAAUGAUCUCAGGGAGGUGAAGGAAGAGCUCAAGGAAAAGAUGGAGGAGAUAAAACAGAUAAAAGAUGUAAUGGACAAGGAUUUCGAUAAACUCCAGGAAUUUGUGGAGAUUAUGAAGGAAAUGCAGAAGGAUAUGGAUGAGAAGAUGGAAGUUUUAAUAAAUAUACAGAAGAACAACAAGCUCUCGGCCCCUCCCCGACUGCCCAGUCUGCUUAGAAGAGGACCAAAGGAGCAUCAGGACCUCAGGCUGAUGGGAAAGCCAGACAUGGACUCGCAUCUCCGGCUCAGGAAACUGGAGGGAGCUGACGGAGCGUCGCUGGCUGUUCACAAGAAGCAUAUGGCACUGCAGAAGCCCAAAAGGGACCCGCUGGAGUCCCUCCAUCAAUGUGGGACCUGCUGUGACACCUUCACGCCAGGCCUGGGCAUCCUCCUCACCCUCGGCAUCUGGAGCUGCUUCCUGAUAUAUCUGUACUUCAACUUCUACGUGACCGAGGAGGACAUGCUACCCUCUUAGGGCCGCGGCCGCCGAGCCUGCCAGAGCUCCAGUUCGCCCUCUCCCCGCUCCUUGAGCUGCACAGCACAGGCUGUCGCUGUCGCUCCCACCCUCCCACCCGCCCGGGCCUCCCUCCGCCCAGAUUAAAAGCUUCAUCGAAAU